AGAGAGAGAGAGAGCGCGAGAGAGAGAGAGAGAGAAAGAGAGAAAGAGAGAGAGAGAGAGCGCGCGCGAGAGAAAGAGAGAGAGAGAGAGAGAGAGAAAGAGAGAGAGAGAGCGCGCGAGAGAUAGAGAGAGAGAGAGAGAGCGCGCGAGAGAAAGAGAGAGAGAGAGAGAGCGCGCGCGAGAGAGAGAGCGCUGAGGGAGAGAUGGCGACCACCUACAACACCUUCAGUCUGCACACGACCCCUGAGAAGUUCUACAUUGAAGCCUGUGAUGAUGGCGUCAGUGAUGUGCUCACCAUUGACAGGGUGUCGACAGAAAUGACCCUGACAGUGAGGAAGGAUGUUCCUCCGUCAGCAAUAACACGACCAAUAUGUGGAAUCAUGGGAACUAUACGGCUGGUGGCAGGCGUGUAUCUCAUCGUCAUUACCAAGAAGAAGAAAGUGGGUGACCUGCUCGGCCAUGCGGUCUGGAAAGCAGUGGACUUUGACAUUAUUUCAUACAAGAAAACUGUUCUGCAUCUCACUGAUAAUCAGAUGCAGGACAACAAGGCGUUCCUGAGUAUGAUCAACAGCGUCCUGAACACAGACGGUUUCUACUUUGCUACUGAUUAUGAUCUGACACACACUCUCCAGCGUCUGUCCAACACCAGCCCCGAGUUUCAGGAAAUGAGUUUAUUGGAGCGGGCCGAUCAGAGAUUUGUAUGGAACGGUCACCUAUUAAGAGAAUUCCUAGCACAGCCUGAGCUACACAAAUUUGUCUAUCCUGUUGUUCAUGGCUUCAUCACCAUGAAGUCGUGCUGCAUCAACGGUAAAAUCUUUGAUUGGAACAUAAUUUCCAGGAGGAGCUGCUUCAGGGCUGGUGUGCGCUACUACGUCCGAGGUAUUGACUCUGAGGGUCAUGCCGCUAACUUUGUUGAAACUGAACAGAUUGUGCAGUAUAAUGGAGGAAAAGCUUCAUUUGUUCAGACUCGAGGAUCUAUCCCGUUCUACUGGUCACAGAGACCAAAUCUCAAAUACAAGCCGAAACCACAGAUCAACAAGAGUGUCAAUCAUUUGGAUGGUUUCCAGAGGCAUUUUGACUCUCAGAUCAUAACGUACGGCAAACAAGUGAUUCUGAACUUGAUAAACCAGAAAGGCUCAGAGAAGCCGCUAGAAUUGGCCUUUGCCAAGAUGGUGGGCAGUCUGAGCAACGGCAUGAUCAAGUACAUCGCGUUUGACUUUCAUAAGGAGUGCAGCCGGAUGAGGUGGCAUCGCCUGCAGAUACUGGUCGACAUGGUGGCGGAAAUGCAGGAUGAGUUUGGCUACUUCCUGGUGGAUUCAGAUGGGACAGUUCAACUGCAACAGGACGGGACGUUCCGAAGCAACUGCAUGGACUGCCUGGAUCGGACUAAUGUUAUUCAGAGUCUGCUGGCGCGCCGCUCGCUGCAGUCACAGUUAGAGAGAUUGGGAGUUCUUCAUGUGGGCCAGCGGAUUGAAGAACAGGCAGAUUUUGAAAAAAUAUACAAGAAUGCGUGGGCAGACAAUGCCAAUGCUUGUGCCAAACAGUACGCUGGCACAGGAGCCCUAAAGACAGAUUUUACACGGACAGGAAAGAGAACUCAUUGGGGUCUGCUGAUGGACGGAUGGAACUCCAUGAUUAGAUACUACAAGAACAACUUCUCAGAUGGCUUUAGACAGGACUCCAUUGAUUUGUUCCUGGGGAAUUAUGCUGUUGAGGAGGCGGAUAUAAACACUCCUCUACAUGAACCCAAAGACUGGAAGUUCCUCACGUUGCCGAUUAUCAUGGUUGUGGCAUUCUCAAUGUGUAUAAUCUGUCUGCUGAUGGCAGGCGACACCUGGACGGAGACAUUAGCGUACGUGUUGUUCUGGGGCACAGCGAGCAUUGUGACCGGAGGUGUUAUCCUCUUCAACGGCCGCGACUUUGUAGACGCGCCCAAACUGGUGCAGAAAGAGAAGAUGGACUGAACGUGUGUGUGUGGAAAGCAGCUUGGUCCUGCCGAGUCUUCAUCCUCCUCCUCAUCCUCAGUGCUGUCUUACUCUCAGCUUCACCGCGCCUGGAGCCUGUACUGACGUCACACGGCGAAGAGGAGGGGGGAUGAAGGGUGGGGGCCAGGCGGGGCCAGGGUGGUGUGUGAGCAAGCACAAACGGACAGACUCAAUGCGUCACACACCUGCUGCUCUCCACACGGUUGUCGUAUCAUGGGGGACCAGCUCCUAUCUUCGCCUCAGACAUCCCAUAAAUCCAUCCCCACAUGGGCAGCUUUACAAAUCCAUCAUUGGCAUUUCACUCAAGCACCUUAGACCAUCAUGCAUUUCAUAUAUGGAUUCCAAAAACACCCAUCUGUACGGUUUCCAUGAGGUUUACGGCCUCAGUCCAACAGCGUUUUCAUAAACGCCGGUUUCUACUCGCACAAACGACUGCUGAUGUUCGGCUCUCAUGUUUUCAAGCUGAGUACUGUGUGUCGCAGCUCUCUGGCUGUUUGUAUAAAACAAAAUGUCUUUGUAUUGUAUCUGCCAUCGCUGCCAAUACCUCUGCACUGCAAAGAAAUCAUUUUCUUAAUCUGUAUUUCUGUCUUGCUUUAAAAAUUUCUUAACGUCCUUGAAACCAAAAAUUAAGCAAAAUGUUUAAAAUAAUGACUUGUUUUUGUUUUUAUUAAUUGUUCAUUUUUCUUACCCCAUUUGUUAGUAGUUUUAUUGUUUUUAAGCAUAAAUCUAACUAAAUUUAGGUCUAUGCUUUAUACAACAAAAAUGCUAUUUACCAGUGAGAUUUCACAGUGGGAGGGGCUACCCAAAAUGACACCGUAGAAACAGCAAUCAACAAAAUUUCUUGCUGCUAGUCACAAUUGUAUGUAGCCCUGUAGAGUACAGGGAGGUAAUUUAUUUUCUGAAUUUUUUUUUGUGUUUCUUCAAAGUUAAUGUGGGUUUAUCAUAUUAUGAGGAAACCCAAAAUAUUUUUGAAGGAAUGCAAAACUUUCUGUGAAUGAACGCAAACUGUUGUGAGGGAAUGGAGAACUUAUUGUGAGAGAGCUCAAAACUAUUGUGAGAUAACAACUAUGGAACGCAAAACUAUUGUGAGAUAACAACUAUGGAACGCAAAACUAUUGUGAGGUAAAGUAAAACUGUUGCGAAGGAAUGCAAAACUAUUGUGUGGGAACGCAGAACUAUUGUGAGGGAACACAAAACUAUUGUGAGGGAACGCAAAACUUAUUGUGGGAGAACGCGAACUAUUUUGAGGUAAAGUAAAACUGUUGCGAAGGAAACUUACUGUAAAAGAACGCAAACUAUUGUGAGAUAACAACUAUGGAACGCAAAACUAUUGUGUGGGAACACAAAGUAUUGUGAGGGAACGCAAAGCGUAUUGUGAGGGAACGCAAAGCGUAUUGUGAUGGAACGUAAAACUAUUGUGAGGUAAUGCAAAACUAUUGCAAAGGAACGCAAAACGUAUUGUGAGGUAACGCAAAACUGUUGUGAGGUAACUCAAAACUAUUGCAAAGGAAUGCAAAACUUAUUGUGAGGUAACGCAAAACUGUUGUGAGGUAACGCAAAACUAUUGCAAAGGAACGCAAAACUUAUUGUGGGAGAACGCAAACUAUUGCAAGGGAACGCAAAACUGUUGCAAAGGUAUGCAAAAAUUGUGAAGGUACGCAGAAAUUGUGAGGGAACGCAAAAUGUAUUAUGAUGGAGCGCAAAACUUAUUGUGAGGUAAUGCAAAACUAUUGUGAGGUAACGCAAAACUAUUGCAAAGGAACGCAAAACUUAUUGUGAGAUAACGCAAAACUAUUGUGAGGUAACGCAAAACUAUUGCAAAGGAACGCAAAACUAUUGUGAGGUAACGCAAAACUAUUGUGAGGUAAUGCAAAACUAUUGCAAAGGAACGCAAAACUUAUUGUGAGGUAAUGCAAAACUAUUGUGAGGUAACGCAAAACUGUUGUGAGGUAAUGCAAAACUAUUGUGAGGUAACGCAAAACUAUUGUGAGGUAAUGCAAAACUUAUUGUGAGGUAACACGACUAAUUGUGAGGUAACGCAAAACUAUUGCAAAGGAACGCAAAACUUAUUGUGAGGUAAUGCAAAACUAUUGUGAGGUAACGCAAAACUGUUGUGAGGUAACGCAAAACUUAUUGUGAGGUAACACGACUAAUUGUGAGGGAACGUAAUUGCUAGGGAAUGAAAAAUAUAUUGCGAGGAAACACAAAACUACUUCAGAAAAUACAUUCCCUCCAUGUCCUCUAAGGGACUCAGUUGAAUGUCGGCUGGUUAGGACAGGUUUUCGUUUUUCGUUGCUCCUGGUUUGGAGUAACGUGAUAAGGAUGUUUGGAUAUUUUUACUGGGGAAAAAAAAAAGACAAAAAUACUGAUUAAGAAAAUAAUUUUUUGCAGUCUGGCAGCUGUUUGUCAUAGCAUUUAUUUGUGAUUUAGAGCACUUCAGACAGAACCAUAGAUGGGAUGGUUUGUGUAUUACUAAAUGGACAUUUUAUCCAUGCCUUCGAUAUCAUGGUCUUCCAUCAGUGAUUCCAUCAGCUUUUAUUAUGAAUUAUUUUAUUAAAGGACCUUGUUUGUGCAUUCUGGGCAGGAAGUGUACAGAAUCUGGUCUUAAAUGUAAAAUCAAGGCUGAUUUAUGAACUUUUACUUGUCAUGGGACCAACGUCUCAUCGUCUAAAAUAGAGAGCAUGUUUGUACUUACCUGGACGCCAGUUUACUGCAUGUAUGAAAAUGGCCUGUCACUGAACCGCAGUGCCAUAUGUUUGUGUUUUUUCUAUUACUCUCUCUUUCAUUUUCGAAUGCUUUUUGAAGCCUUUUGGAGCAAGUCUUCAUUCUACCCCCCUGUGUCAUAUUGCAGGCUGUUCUUCACAUGUCUGACACUUGCUUAUCAGAGAAUGUACAAUUAAGUGUAUUAUUGAUAUUAAAGUCAUUAUUAUGGUG